AUGAAUCGAUCAAUCAAGCUGAAGAAUUUACACUUACUCACAAAUAAUCUUUCACCCUCUACACGCAAAUAUCCUUUCUCCCACUACACGCAAAUACGCUUUCUCCCUCUACACGCAAAUACGCUUUCUCUCUCGACAAACAAAAACCCUUUCUCCCUCUACACGCAAAUACGCUUUCUCCCUCUACACGCAAAUACCCUUCCCCUCUCUACACGCAAAUACGCUUUCUCCCUCUACACGCAAAUACCCUUUCUCCCUCUACACGCAAAUACCCAUUCCCCCUCUACAAGCAAAUACGCUUUCUCCCUCUACACGCAAAUACCCUUCCCCCCUCUACACGCAAAUACGCUUUCUCCCGCUACACGAAAAUACGCUUUCUCCCUCGACAAACAAAAACCCUUUCUCCCUCUACGCGCAAAUACCCUUUCUCCCUCUACGCGCAAAUACCCAUUCCCCCCACUACAAGCAAAUACGCUUUCUCCCUCUACACGCAAAAAACCUUUCUCCCUAUACACGCAAAUAACUUUUCUCCCUCCACACGCAAAUAACAUUUCUCCAUUUACAUGCAAAUACGAAUUCUCCCUCUACCCGCAAAUAACCUUUCUCCCUUUACACGCAAAUACCGUUUCUCCCUUUACACGCAAAUACCCUUUCUCCCUCUACACACCAAUACAUUUUCCUCCUCUACACGCAAAUACGCAUUCUCUCUCUACACGCAAAUAUCUUUUUCCCUCUACACGCAAAUAA